ACGGGACCCCCCGGUAGGGUUGGAUGCUCGACGACCAUCCCAGCAUGCUACUGUGUAGGUCUUUGCAUUCUGGCUCCCAAAUGGCGACACCCACACACACUACUCAACAAGCAAAACCUGUACAUAAUACAAAAUGGUUAAAUCAUCCGUCAUCCUUUUGGCCUUGGCCAGCAGCGCCCUCGCCGGUGUCGCUAAGAGACAAUCCUCAUGGGAGGAGUGGACUUCAACCACCACCUCUACCACCUCCACCACCACUACUACCACUACCACCACCACCACCACCAAGCCUACCACUACCACUACUACCACUACCACCACUCCUGAAUGGGAAGCGUGGACCUCUACCACCACCACCACUACCAAGCCUACUACCACUACCACCACUACUACCCCUGAGUGGGAAGCCUGGACCUCUACCACUUCUACUACCACCAAGCCUACCACCACCACCACUACCUCUGCUGAGUGGGAAGCAUGGACCUCAACUACCACCGCGAAGCCUACCACCACCACCACCUCUGCUGAGUGGGAGGAGUGGACUUCGACCACCACUACCACCCCCAAGAAGACCACCACCACCACCUCUGCUGAGUGGGAGGAGUGGACUUCGACCACCACCAAGGCCACUACCACCACUACUCCUGAGUGGGAAGCCUGGACCACUACUACCACCACUACCCCCAAGAAGACCACUACCACUACCUCUGCUGAGUGGGAGGAGUGGACUUCGACCACCACCGCGGCCAAGAAGACCACCACCACCACUUCCGCUGAGUGGGAAGCCUGGACCUCAACCACCACCCCCGUCAAGGUUGCCACCACCACCACCACCAAACCUGUGGCUGUUGCCACCACCACCACCACCAAACCUGUGGCUGUUGUCAGCACCACCUCCGCUGAGUGGGAAGCCUGGACCUCGACCACUACCCCCGUCAAGGUCGCUACCACCACCACUACCACCCCAUGGCUGUUGUUAGCACCACGGCUACCACCCCUGUUGCCGCUGUCAGCUCCAGCACCGAGUCCGCCUGGGUUGAGUGGACCACCUCUUCUGCUGCCGCAGUUGCCUCCACCACCGCUGCUGCUGUCUCCAGCGCCAGCUCUGUCGAGGCCUCAUCCGUCAGCGUCGCCUCGUGGACCUCCACCAGCGCUUCAGCAGUUGCCACUUACACUGGCGCUGCCAGCAGCAACAACAAGCCCGCCGUUGCCCUGCUCGGUGGUCUUGUUGCCCUUGUCGCCAUGGUCUAAGCGUGCCAUCGAGCGGCUUGGUGCACAAUUUUCGCUUCUCACAUGUCGUUGCCCAUUCAUUUUGGGAACGAACACUUAUUACGACUACGAAAGUCUCGGCCUAUUGUGCGCGAGCAGACGAUCUCUACGAUAACCAAAAAAUACGGCAUUAGCAUAAUACAUAGAGUGGUGAAUGUGUGAAGGGGCACGGGAGGGCUUGCUGAACAGGGCGCCAUUGGAUACCCCGGGCGCAUGCAGUAAUCCGUGUUGAUGAGAAUUCAUAUAUUGUUAAUAGCAAUUCAAAAAGCUAAAAAAAUAUUCAUAUCCAGAAUCAUGAUUAUGAUCAUUUUUGUUCUCAUUUGUCCUUUCUCCAUUCUUGAUCUU